AUGAUGCAUGCCAGGACUCUUACGCGCGCAUCGCGCCCCAUUACAAAAUGCACACUGCUGCAGGCCACGCGCUUUUCGAGCAAGUGGGCCAAGGUCCCGGGCGGCCCGCCGGACCCGAUCCUUGGCGUGACCGAAGCGUUUAAGCGUGACUCAGACCCGCGCAAGAUCAACCUCGGCGUCGGUGCCUACCGCGACGAGAACGGCAAGCCGUACGUGCUUCCAUCCGUGCGCGAGUCAGAAAAGCGCUUGGUGUCCGAGAAGCUAGACAAGGAGUACCUGCCCAUUACGGGCUUGGCGUCCUUUGACAAGCUCGCUGCGGAACUUGCCUACGGCGAGGACAGCAAGCCGCUAAAAGAGGACCGUGUUGCCAAGACGCAGUCCAUUUCUGGCACCGGCGCUCUGCGUAUUGCCGGAGAGUUUCUGUACCGCAUGUACCCCGGCAAAAAGACGGUCUACGUGCCUACACCGACAUGGGGUAACCACAUCCCCAUUUUCAAAAAUUCGGGUUUUGACGUGCAGCACUAUGCGUAUUACGACAAAGAUACUGUAGCCCUUGAUUUUGAAGGCAUGGUCCGUGAUAUCAAGAAUGCGCCGGACGGCAGCAUCAUUCUUUUGCACGCGUGCGCGCACAACCCUACUGGCGUCGAUCCGACGCAGGAGCAGUGGCGGACGCUCUCCAAGGUGCUCAAGGAAAAGGACCACUUGCCGCUUUUCGACAUGGCAUACCAGGGCUUUGCGAGCGGUGACGCUGCGCGCGAUGCGUUUGCCGUGCGCCACUUUGUCGAGCAGGGCCACGAGAUUGCUCUGUGCCAGAGCUUUGCCAAGAACAUGGGCUUGUACGGCGAGCGCGUCGGCAUGUUUUCCAUUGUGACUGCGAGCCCCGACGAAAGGGACCGCGUCGAGAGCCAGCUCAAGAUCACUGUGCGUCCCAUGAUCUCCAAUCCUCCGCUGCACGGCGCGCGUAUUGCCGCGUUGAUUAUGGGCGACGCUGGCAUGCGUUCCCAGUGGCUCGCCGAGCUCAAAGGUAUGGCUGACCGCAUUAACACGAUGCGGUCCACGCUCAGACACUUGCUUGUAGACGAGCACGGCUCGAAGCGCAACUGGGACCACAUUACAAACCAAAUCGGCAUGUUUGCUUUCCUUGGCAUCACGCCGGAACAGGUGUCGCAGCUUUUGCGCGACCAUCAUGUGUACCUCACCAAAGACGGCCGUAUUUCCGUCGCGGGCAUUACCGAACACAACGUGCGGCACUUGGCCGAUUCGAUCUACAAGGUCACUGGCUAA